AUGUCUUCUAACACUGCGGCCUGGAUCACCGAAGCCAAGAAGGCGCCUUUGGAGGUUAAGGAAGCACCUCUUUGGACGCCCAAAGAAAAUGAAGUUCUCGUCAAGAACCAAGCGGUGGCUGUGAAUCCCAUUGAUGGAAGCGUCCAGCAGUUCGCAUAUCUACCAUUAAGCUAUCCCUCCAUUCUCGGGACCGAUGUCGCGGGAGAGAUCAUCGCCGUUGGGCCGAAUGUGGCUCGCUGGAAAAUAGGUGACCGCAUUGUUGGACAUGGUUUGGUUUUGUGGGAUUUUAAGCCUGAAGGGGCAGCAUUUCAGCAUUAUACCAUCUUGGUAGCAAAUAUGGCAGCGGAGAUCCCGGACCAUAUUUCGUUCCAAGAUGCUGUCGUGCUCCCUCUUUGCCUGUCUACGGCCGCAACUAGUCUCUUCCACGAUGACUACAUGGGUCUGCAAUUACCUACUUGCCCUCCUCAAAAGACUACCGGCGAAACACUGGUUAUUUGGGGUGGUGCUUCUUGUGUCGGUAGCAAUGGCUAUGAGGUGAUUACUACCGCUUCACCCAAGAAUUUCGACUACGUUAAGAAUCUCGGCGCCGACCAAGUUUUCGACUACAGCUCUCCAACUGUCGCUGACGACAUUGUCGAUGCCCUGAAAGGCAAAUUGCUAGCUGGAAUUCUCGACAGCAUCGGGUUCUCCGCAACCCAAUUCUGUCUCGAUAUAGCGCAUAGAUCCAGGGGUUUUAAAUUUGUGUCAACUACCAAACCUCGUUUUCCUAAUCCACCGGAAGGAGUGCAGAUUAAGCACGUCCGUGGUGACGCUCUUGUCGCGAAUUCACUGGGAAAGUCAAUCUACGAGGACUUCCUACCAAAAGCAUUGAAGUGUGGUUCGUACGUGGCGGCUCCAAAACCUACUGUUAUUGGAAAAGGGUUGGAAUCUGUUCAAGCUGGCAUUGAUGCUGUCAUGAAGGGGGUUUCUGCCACCAAGAUUGUUAUUACUUUAUGA